UUUUGAGCGAGAACAAAUAUUUUUUCCUCCUUUCUUUAAAAAUUAUAUCCAAAUAUUUUUUAGUAUUUCUGCUGCAGCAAUCAAUUAUUAUCUUCAUCCACUACCACAGCAUCUGCUCGCGGCAAAAAGAACUGAUUGAAAAUCGGGGGUUACCAACCAAGGAAUCGGCUUGGAUUAACUUGUACUUGCACCGGUUGCUGGCAUGGAAUCUCAGUUAGUCAUGCACAGUGGUGGUUGCCACUGCAGGAAAGUAAGGUGGCAUGUCCGAGCACCGACUAGCGUUGUUGCUUGGAAAUGCAAUUGUUCUGAUUGCUCCAUGAGGGGAAAUAUUCACUUCGUUGUCCCAGGCGAAAGGUUCGAGCUUUUGGGAGAUUCCAAGGAGUUCCUUACUACGUAUACUUUCGGAACUCACAUGGCGAAACAUACGUUUUGUCAGGUAUGUGGAAUAACAUCAUUCUAUACCCCGCGAUCAAACCCGGAUGGCAUUGCCGUGACCCUCAGAUGUUUGGACCCCGGAACGCUUUCGCACGUCGAGAUUCGACAUGCUGAUGGGAAGAAUUGGGAGAAAUUCUUCCAAGAGAGUGGCAUUGCUUCAGAAUCCAAAAUUCGUUCCACCUAGGUAAUUAAUUUAGUUCACUUUGUGAUGGACUCCAUGGGUAGCAUAUUAGUAUGGUUUCUUGAAUACUCUAUUUUAGAAGUUAGGAGAAACAUUUUUACAUCAAAAUUCCCCUUAUUUAUAGCUUUGGAACUAAGAGUG